GUAUGCCAUCCCCCCUGAACAUGGGAAGAGACUGGAGAGACUGGCUACAGGUUUCUUCCCCAACGGGUUUAAAGGAUGUGAGGCGUUUCUCCGUCAUAAGAUGACCCUGAUCUCCCCGUCCAUCCUGAAGAAGUACAGCAUCCCCUUCGACAAGAUCACCCAGGAGGCAGGCGAGUUUAUGAUUACCUUCCCCUAUGGUUACCACGCUGGCUUCAACCACGGCUUCAACUGUGCCGAGUCUACCAACUUCGCUAGUGUCCGAUGGAUCGACUACGGCAAGGUGGCCACUCAGUGUACAUGCAGUAAAGACAUGGUGAAGAUCAGUAUGGAUCCCUUUGUGAAGUGGUUCCAACCGGACCGUUAUGCUGUCUGGAAGCUGGGGAAGGACUCCUGUCCUCUGGACCACACCCGAGCCACGCCCGCCACCACCCCAGAGCUGCAGAACUGGCUACAGCGCAGCCGGGUCAAGACUCCUGUCAGCAGCAGCCUCCCACACCCACGGACCAGAUCCAAGCGCCUGAGGACCAGCGAGGAGCCUGUAGCCCUGGAAGGGUGCUCUGUCCUGGGUAGGAGGAGAGGCCUCGGAGGCACCCUGGGUCCCAAGGUCCGGAGAGGUUGCAGGGCUGGGGAGGAUGAGGAGGAUGAGGAGGAAGGAGAGGGAGAGGAUCACACUGAGAAUACACUCCGGCUCCCUGGUCCUUGCCGGCAGAUGUGUGUGGUGAAAGUCAACAGAAUGGAAGUGGAGAGUGACCGGUUGGCCUUCCCCUGUCCUCCUGAAACUCUGCGCCCCUCGUCUUUCCCCUCUCCCUCUUCCGUCUUCGCUUCUCUCUCCUCACCCUCUUCCGUCUUCGCUUCUCGCCCCUCUCCCUCUCUGACCCCUGUCUCAGUGGACACCACAGAACAAGGGACAGGGGUAGGGACUCACCCCUCACCCCAUCUGCAUCCCACUAACCCCCCACAGAACCCCUCAGGGUCAGAGUUCGCAGAGGUCAUUAAAGGACCCCAUCAGAGGUCCGAGGCUGCCCCUACACCUGCCCAAUCAGAAAGAAGAGAAAUCCCCGGAGGACCGUUUAAGUCAGUAUGUAUAGAAUCUACUCCACUGGGACUGGUCCCUGAGGACUGCUCUAUGGAUGUCCACCCCUCUCCAGAUCCCUUACGGACCAGGUUACCUUCCCCCAGAACGGUGCACCCGACUGGGGCUCAGGGGUGUACGGACUCAGCCUGUGGCCCUGGAGCUUUUCAAUCAAGCUCUUCUUACGUAGAGAAGUCGUCUCUAAACCUAACCUCAACCCUAGCCCCCAGCACUGAGUAUAAAAUGGACACAUGUCAAGGUACUGCAGUUAAUACUAACACUACUACUACUACUACGACGCACAGCAGUCACAACUCUGAAAGCAGAACACCAGCACUUUAUAAUGACAUUUCCACUAAUACUGACUCUGGGCCCAGAGGAUGUGUUAUUUCCAGCCCUAGUUCUGGUCCAGCUAACUUGUUCAGGUGUAGUGAACAAAACUGCACUCCUAUUGAAAACUGUUCCUCUCUUCCUAUGUAUACUACACACAACUGUGUCCCCAUACAAAACCCUUCGCUUCCAAAGUGUAGUUUACAAGACUGUUCCCCUCCUCUCCUCCAGAGGAACAACGGGGUCGACAUGCCCUUCCUCACUCCAGAACUGUCUGGAGAGAUGAGGUUCUGCCCGCCCCUACCGCCUGUUCUCACCCAGGAGAUGCCCUCCCUCACCCUCGCCGUCAGCGGAGGUCACACUGAGGUCAAAGGUCCGAGGUCGUCGUCCUCCUCCUCCUCGACUGGCCCACAUGGUGGUGCUCUAACCUUACCGGAUUUACCGGACAGUCACCCGGUCCUCGCCCCCGUGCUCCAACGCGAGACGCCCACGACCCUCUCGUCAGAAACAGAAACGUUAACGGACGAGGUGUGCGAGGUCGAGUUGGCGUCAAAGAAGUCAGAGGAAGAGGAUUUUCGACCGUUAGCGCUUUACAGCGACUGGUGCUUGGGUUCUACUGAAGACCACCAUAGACCAGAGCUGGAUUUACAGUUAGCGGCUUUCGUGGCUAAUGCAACUAGCAACGCUCGGCCCAAAAUGGCCCCCUCUCGGCACUCUGGUCCUACUGAAGACCACCAUAGGCCAGAGCUGGAGUUACAGUUAGCAGCUUACGCGGCUAGUGCAACUAGCGACGCUCAACCAAAAAUGGACGCCUCUCUGCACAAAAUGCCCGCCGCCGCUUCCCAUCUAGAAGCACUACCAAUCCAAACAUUGUCUGAGGCAGUACUGACCACCGAGAACCACUGUAGUCGAACCUCCACGGAGAUCCAAGCUAGCAAUAAUAACCACAUGCUCUGUGACGUUACACUACUGCCAACGCAGCAAAUCCACAAACACAGGUCCUCGACGGCAACUGCAGCAGUAUCCAUGGACUCCAACUCAGAAGGAUCCUCUCAAAGAGACAAUGUAUUUAGAGACUCCAGUACUAAGGGUUUAUGUCUAGCUAGCACCAGUUUGACUUCUAAAGAUAAGUUGGCCCACUCUUCUGAGCUGAGUGAAUUAAAUGACCAUUCAGCAACACUACAACACCAAAACAACAACGACCAAACUCCACACUCAAACAUGGAUGCCGUUUGUAGUUCCCGAAAUGUGGAAUCCAUUUGUAGUUCCCAAAACGUGGAAUCCAUUUGUAUUUCUCGAAACAUGGACUCUGUUUGUAGUUCCCAAAGCCUCUACCUGGAGCCCAAACCUUUCUCAGACGGCAUCUGGAAGAACCUCAACUCCCAGAGUCCUGCGGUGCUUAUCGAGAGCCUCCACCACCCGGAGCUCCCCGCUGACUAUACCCAUGAUGCACUGCCAUACACCAUGUGGACCGAGCCGCAGUGCAAAGAGGUCACAGACCUCGAUCACGAAACUGAGACGGACGACCAGGACCCAGAGGGACAUGGGGACGGGCCUCUCACCUGGGCCCAGCUGGAGUCCACCUCUCUGGGGUCGGCCGGUGUCGGGGAGCCCCUGGGUCUCUGUGGAGACUUUGAGCUCCAGAGAGGGGAGGUGGAGGCAGCGGAAGCCCUGGCUCUGUGCAGGGAACUGGGGGUGGAGAGGGAGGCCGAGGGGGCUCUAGAACCUGACCCUCCUGAAUCGCCCUUGGAGGAGAGACUGGGGGAAGGAGAGGAGGAGGGGGUGUCGGAUAUGGACGAGGGAGAUUCGGAGGAUGAGGGGCAGAGUAGCACGAGGGAGGAGAGUAGUAGUGAGUCAUCGGAAGGAGAGGCUGAAGAAGAAGAAGAGGAGGAAGAAGGGGAGGAAGACUAUGAUAAUGAUUUGAGCGACUUUGAGUGUGGCGACUUGGGGCUGGAACCUGGAGAGGUUUGCACUUACCCUGCUGCUCCACUGGUGAAGAGAACCAGUAAGAGCUGGCGUCGCCCUCUGAGGAAGCCCACCGCCCGGGCCGUGCCCUCCACUGUCAAACAACAGGCUGUCAGCGACGACGAACCCCCUGAGGUGUCUUUGAUAGAGGGGGAGGAGCAGGAGGCUGAGCCAUGGGCUAAGCCCCUCCUCUUCCUGUGGCAGAACAGGAAGUGCUACUUCACGGCGGAGAGAGAGUACAACGCUAACGCAGCCAAGAUGUUGCCGCACUGCGCUGUCUGCACACUGUUCAUGCCCUACUACCAGCCUGAGGACAGAGACAUAUUACUAUCUCAAACUCUCCUUCUAAUCUGUCUGUCCCCCCCCAGCCUGAGGACAGAGACAUAUUACUAUCUCAAACUCUCCUUCUACCUGAGGACAGAGCUGAUCGCCUCAAGCCCGUCCCGUCCUCCCCUCUCCCGUCAUCCUCUCCCCCCGUCUCCCACUACCUCCAGGACUAGAGGAGGACCAGGGGGUGUGAGGAGGAGCAAGCCCCUGCUCCCAGAGAUCUGUUUCAGCUACAGAGAGCAGACGUGUCCCCCUACCCCCACCAACGCCCUGCUGCAGGAGGACGGCACCAGCCCACUGCUCACCUGUCAGGGAUGCUGUCUACAGGUUCACGCAAGUUGCUAUGGCGUUGCCGCUGAUGAUGUCAGCGAGGACUGGUCGUGUGAUCGCUGUGCGGACGGAACCUUGACGGCUGAGUGUUGUCUGUGUAAUCUGAGAGGAGGAGCUCUGAAGAAAACUACAGAUGACAAGUGGGCCCACGUGAUGUGUGCAGUAGCUCUAUCAGAGGUCUGGUUCAGGGAUGAAGUCAGGAGGAGUCCCAUUGAUACCAGCAGGAUACCCAUGCAGAGAUACAAACUGAAGUGUAUCUAUUGCCGUAAGCGGUGUGUCAGGCGUGGCCAGGGUGGGGGAGGGGCAUGUAUCCAGUGUUCGUGCGGUCGAUGUCCCACCUCCUUCCACGUUACCUGUGCCCACGCCGCCGGGGUCACCAUGGAGCCGGACGAUUGGCCCUACGUGGUGUCAAUCACCUGCCACAGGCACCAAUCACGGAGCUCGUCUGCUCAGCGUUUAGCGUUUCAGAAGGACAUUGUCCUGGGUCAGACCGUCAUCUCCAAACACAAGAACCUGCGCUACUACAGUUCAAAGGUCACCCAGGUGACCUCCCAGACCUUCUAUGAGGUCAUGUUUGAUGACGGAUCCUUCAGCAACGACACCUACCCAGAGGACAUAGUGAGCAGGGACUGUGCCUGUCUGGGUCCUCCUGAAGUAGGGGAGGCUGUCCAGGUCAAGUGGCCUGAUGGACUCUUCUAUGGAGCCAAAUACCAGGGAUCAAACACCUCGUAUAUGUACCAGGUGGAGUUUGAGGAUGGUUCCCAGGUGGUAGCUAAGAGAGAGGACGUCUAUACUCUGGAUGAAGAUCUUCCCAAAAAGGUGAAAGGGCGACUCUCGACGGCAUCCAGCAUGCGUUUCCAGGAUGCCUUCUUCACGACCCAGGGAGAGAGGAAGAGACAGAGAACGCCCAACUCCCGUUUCCAGAAAGACUAUGUGGCCCUCCCAGGCCUCCUUACCGCCAGCAAGAGCACAUGGGAGCCCCGCAGCCCUAAAGGAAAAUGAUAGAGGGGUGGAGAGAUGGAUGGAGUGAUGACAAAUGAAUGCACUGAUGUAUGUGUGGGUGUAGCUGUGGGAUGUAAAGGUGUGUGUGUGUGGGUGUAGCUGUGGGAUGUAAAGGUGUGUGUGUGUGUGUGGGGGUGUAGCUGUGGGAU